AUGAUUAAAUGGUUUUGGGAACAAUAUUUAGUUAGAGCUACAAACAAUGUCAGAGGAGCAAACAGAGCAGUCCCUUGCUUUGGUGCUCUCCAAGGCUGGUUGUACGUCAAUCACAGCAGCCUCAUUACUUCGGAAUGGCUACAAGACUCUGAUUCUCUCAAGGCUGCCGUCAACAAUCCAAUUUAUUUAUAUCCAUCAUACACUCAUCCAUUAAAACAUCAUAUGGUCUUCGAUACCACGCCUUCCAAUCAGUGGACUAAUACUCAAGUGAUUGAAUGGCUCGACCAGUCAGUGACUCUCGGGGUUCCUGUGGAGGACACAGCACCUUUCAGAAGAUAUGCUGGUGCUAUGUUGUCAACAAUGACCAAGGAGACCUUCAAAGAGAAGUCCAAGUCUGGCAGUGAAUUAUACGACAAUCUUCAAUCGUACAAGGCCCCUGCACCUCCAUCACAAGGUAUAUAUCUACAUCACAAAAACACUAUUACCCAUCCAACCUAA